AUGGGGAACUAUAUUUCUUGUACCCUAGCAGCCCCACCAGGCAAACAUUCAAGAGCUGCGAAAGUGAUUUUUCCAACAGGCGAAAUCCAACAAUUCAACGAACCCACCAAGGCCGCAGAGCUCAUGCUCGAGACACCGAACUUCUUCCUCGUAAACUCUAACUCCCUCCAUAUCGGACGACGAUUCUCUGCCCUCAACGCCGACGAAGACCUCGAGAUGGCCAAUGUUUACGUCAUGUUUCCGAUGAGAAGACUCAAUUCUGUGGUCACAGCAGCUGAUGUGGGCGCUCUCUUCCUCACAGCCAAUUCGGCCGCCAAUCGAACGUCUGCCGGAAGGCCCGGAACUCUAAGGAUCAUGCCGGAGAACGGUGAUCACCAGGCUCUGCAAAUUUCUCAGGCUGCAGCGCAGACGAGAAUUGAAGAAGCAGUGGUGCCCAAGUUGAAUUUGGAUGAUAUUGAAGAGUUUUCGACGCCGGAAUGGAAGCAUAGGUUGUCCGUGUGCAGGUCGAAGAAGCCAUUGUUAGAGACUAUCGCAGAAGAACCAAUUUGCUCAAGAUGA